AUGGAAGGUUGGCUAGAGGUUUGUCGAAUUCCGCCUCUUGGUGCUAAUGGAGGAGAACAUGGCAGAACCACGGCUUUAGAAUUCGAUGGCACCCAGAACUUACUUUGGUGUGGAGACUCAUUGGGAUUAACAAGAUCUUUUACAACUCAAAAUGAUACUUUGGGAUUUCAACCAUUUCAACUAUGUCCGUAUUCGAAAUUUCCAGUGUCAGAGAAUAAACCGGUGAGACAGCAUUUAAGUCAUAGAGAGGGAUUGUUUUCCUUGCUGCAAAGCUCAUUGAUAUUCAACAAUAGGAGAGGAAUAGUGAAGCAGGAGUUUUCAUGGGAAUUAUUUAAAAAUGGUAGUGAGCAAUUUAGAAAUUUGUCAUGUAUGGCUAUCAACUCGAAUGCAAACAAUGAUAUCAUAGUGGGAAGUGAUGAUUCCUUCAUGAAAAUUGAUGUUAAUAAGCCUAAUAAUUUAAUAAAUUAUGAUUACACCGGGAGUGUUUCUUUUGUUAAGACUGCUGCCAAAUUCUUAGUGUUGGGUAAAACCGAAGGUACAGUAGAUAUAUUUGAUCCACUGAGCCAAACGACAGUUAAGACAUUCCCUGGUCAUAGCAGCUCAUUAUCAGACCUAGACAUACAAGGGAACUAUAUAGCAACUUGUGGGUACUCAUCUAGAGCAAGAAGUUUUCAUCCUUCGAAGGAUUUCAUGGCUGAUCUGUUGGUAAAUAUCUAUGACUUACGAAUGUUGAAAGCUUUGGCGCCAAUACCAUUUCCUGCUGGUGCAUCAUGUGUAAGAUUUCACCCAAAACUUCCUAAUAUUCUUGUGAUUGCAUCACGGUCAGGUCAAAUACAGUUGGUGGAUAUGUUCGACCAACUGCUUGGAUAUUUAUAUCAAGCGAAUUUGGCAGUAUCUAAUACGCCUUUACAUGUUAACAACUCAUACUUGUCAAAUUUGGAAAUAAGUGGUAAUGGUGAGUUUAUAAGUUUCAAUGACAGUUGCUCGAAUCUUCACUUGUGGUCUUACAACCCUACUGGCAAAGAUUUUGUUAGUUUCCCAUCUCCAUUGGAACAGCCUGACAUCAUUCUUCCACUGUCGACAGAAUUUUUAAGUAUUGAUGAUAAUGUUCCCUUAUCUUCAGUUGGAAUGCCUUAUUAUAAGGAUCUUUUGCUAUCAAAUUUUGCCUCCGACUUGAGGUUCACAAAGGAGUUAGCUAAGCUCCCAAAAAAGAUUAUUACUCCUUUGACCAUGGACUCUCAAGAGAGGGUAUUUCCAUAUGAUGAACUGAAAUAUGGACCCAUGUACUUCUAUAAUAGGUAUGCCUCUUUGAAGGAAGGUAAUGCUAGAUCGGUUAAUAUACCGAAAUUUAUUAGCGAAAGGACAAACGACCUGAAAUCGACUCCAAGUAUUAAAAGUAACAACUCAACUGAUUCUGGAUUUGAUGGACACGAAAAUGAUAGUAUUUUUCAAUUUAAGGUUGCACCACCUGCUGAUUAUCUUAGCAAGGGGGGUGAUUUAAGAAGAACACCUAAUUGUUAUUCGAAAUUAUCCAUUCACUAUUCAAGAUUCGGUGUCGAGGAUUUCGACUUUGACUAUUAUAAUAAAUCUAAUGGUAUGUAUUGUGGAUUAGAGAAUCAUCUCGAUAAUUCUUAUAUCAAUCCCUUAAUACAACUUUACCGGUAUAAUCCUAUGUUUUACAAUUUAGUGAUCCUAAAAUUGAAAAACGAAUGGCUUCCGUGUGACGGCUCAACAAUCAUGAGAAAUCCUAACGGCUCUUCCAUUUUGAAUGAAUUGGGAUACUUGUUUGAUAUGAUGUUCAAAGCACAAGGAAAAAACGUUACGAUUUCGAACUUUUCGGAGACAUUAAAUACAAAUGUCAGUGCAGUACAAGAAGGACUCAUUGAUACCGAAGAAGGGAGGAAAUUCAACGCUCAGCAGUUGCGACUAUUGAUAUGUAAAUUCAAUGCUUUUUUGAUGUUUCAGUUGAAUUCUGAUUUAUUGGGUCAAUUCAAUGAUUCAUCGUUAGAUAAUGUAAUGGGCUUGCAAUAUGAACUUGAGGUUAAAAGUUCAUAUUGCCAUAUUAAUGAAAAGCAGGUUGGCAAACAAUUUGUCAUAGACUUAAUUACACCUCCCGAAACUCAAAUUGUUGAAUCGAAUACUGGUCGUUAUUCUAGAGACCGAAUUUUUAAUCGGAGGAGGGCCUAUUCAAUCGUGGACUAUUUGGACUAUUCGUUGAAUCAAGUUAAAGCUGUACCAUGCAAAGCUCAUAAUUUCGCUCACCCUUUGAGUGUCGAAAGUAAGAUUAAUAGCCUUCCUCCGUUGUUAUCUGUUAAUGUUAAUUUUACUAAAGAAGAGUUUGAUAUGGUCAGCAGCUACGAAAACUGGUUGGUACCCUCUUUCUAUGCUACAAGAGACAAUGGAAACUUAUCUUUUAAACAGAGCGGCCCCCAGAAUAGUUCAAAUUCGAUUAAAUACGAGCUUCAGGGAUUUGUGUGCGAAAUAAAUCACUCCGCCGAAGACUCAAUUGAUUCACAUAAUUUAGUAUCUUUUGUGAAAAUUAAUGGACAAUGGUUUUUAUUCAAUGAUUUCUUGGUAAUGCCUAUACUGGACUCUGAGGUUUUUAAUUUAUUGUAUCCAUGGAAGAAGCCAAUCAUAAUACUUUAUAGUGAUAUUGAUCAUCCACUGAAUCAAUGCUUUGACUACUUCACCAAUAAUCGCUUUAAGAGCGUCGGAAUCGAUGAUCAGAUCUUAUAUAAAGAUCAUUUUGCAGGUUCAAUUAGAGAUUCAUACAGAAAAGAGUAUGAACUUUUAAGCAAAGAGGAGGCACCAUCUGCUGGAACAUUGGUUGCCAUUGAUGCUGAAUUUGUUACUUUAAGGCCAGAAAUCCUAGAAAUAUAUUCUGAUGGCCGUAAGAACAUUAUAAAACCUAAGAAAUUGUCAUUGGCAAGGGUAUCUGCUUUAAGAGGAGACAACGGCACUAAGGAAGGCGUUCCUUUCAUCGAUGAUUAUAUCGUUCAUACCAGUGAAAUAUCAGACUAUUUGACUAAUUUUUCUGGUAUCGAGCCUGGUGAUUUAGAUCCGAUUAAGUCUGAUAAGAACUUGGUAACAUUACAAACAGCAUAUAGAAGAUUGUGGUUACUUUUGAAUUUAGGAGUCAUUUUCGUAGGUCACGGUUUAAAAAAUGACUUUAGAUGUAUCAAUUUACAAGUUCCUCCUUCUCAGAUAAGAGAUACAGCUGAAUUCUUUUACAAAAGUGAUUUUAAAAGAAAACUAAGUCUUAAGUUUUUGGUGUAUAUACUUCUCAAAGAAAAAGUGCAAACAGGAAAUCAUGACUCCAUCGAAGAUGCAAAUUCUGCACUUCUUUUAUACAAAAAAUACGUCGAAUUGAAAGCAAUAGGAGAGUUUGAGGCUACGCUAAAUAAUAUUUAUUUUGAAGGUCAGCAACUUAGAUUUAGGGUCCCAGAGUCUUAA